GGCCGCCCGCAGCCGCAGUGGCCGGCGCCGCAGCGAGGAGCCAUGGGCAACAUCUCCUCCAACAUCUCGGCCUUCCAGUCCCUGCACAUCGUCAUGCUGGGCCUGGACUCGGCCGGCAAGACCACGGUGCUCUACCGGCUCAAGUUCAACGAGUUCGUGAACACCGUGCCCACCAUCGGCUUCAACACCGAGAAGAUCAAGCUGAGCAACGGCACGGCCAAGGGCAUCAGCUGCCACUUCUGGGAUGUGGGCGGCCAGGAGAAGCUGCGGCCGCUGUGGAAGUCGUACAGCCGCUGCACCGACGGCAUCAUCUACGUGGUGGACUCCGUGGACGUGGAUCGGCUGGAGGAGGCCAAGACCGAGCUGCACAAGGUGACCAAGUUCGCCGAGAACCAGGGCACGCCGCUGCUGGUCAUCGCCAACAAGCAGGACCUGCCCAAGUCGCUGCCGGUGGCGGAGAUUGAGAAGCAGCUGGCGCUGCACGAGCUCAUCCCGGCCACCACCUAUCACGUCCAGCCGGCGUGCGCCAUCAUCGGCGAGGGCCUCACCGAGGGCAUGGACAAGCUCUACGAGAUGAUCCUGAAGCGCAGGAAGUCCCUGAAGCAGAAGAAGAAGCGGUAACGGCGCCUGGCCGCGUCCGCAGGCCGAGGGGGCGGGGGGCCGGAGUCCAAAGUGAAUGAAUGGGUGGAUGGAUGGACGGACGGAUGGACGGAUGGAAGGAGCUGGCGAUGAACCCCCGCCCCCCCCCGCCGCCCGCGAACAAAGACAACGAACCAAAGCGACGCUUCGAAUCUCCACCCGGAGGCCGGACAGGGGUGGGGUGGGGGGACCCCAGCCGGGUGUGGGGGGGCUGAUGUGCCAGCCCGGCCCCCCCUCCCUCUCCCCACCGGCUCGCGGGGACCUUUUGUCUGAACCCUGGACCUGCGGACAAGGGGGGCGCGGGGUCAGUCUGCGGAGGACGCGGGCGCGGGAGGAGCCUGCGGUGCGCCCCUCGAGGGGAGAGGACCCCCCCCCAAACACACCCACCCCAGGUGGAAAGCUUUGGACGUCAGGAACAAAAGCGGCAGGGCCAGAACUUCGGGCUGCCCCGCCCCCACGGGGGGUCACCUGCGAGUGCCCGGAGGUACGCAGCUCCCUGGGGAGGGCACCCCCUCCGGGGGCAUCAUGGGGUGCCGUGAGGGGCGGGGGACGCGGGGGAGGGUGACUUGCUCUUUGCCUUCAGGGGCUGUGGAAGCUGAAUCCUUUUAAAUCACAGGGCGGGUCCCUGUGGGGGGAAUUUAAUUUGUCCUGCUGGGGGGGGACGGGGGACCCCAAACCAGGUCUGGGUUGGGUUGGCGCCUUCUCAGGACUGCCUGGGGUCGUGGGCAGCGGGCAGGCGGCCUGGGCUAGGAAUGGCCACCAAGACGCUCCCUUGCCUGGGCUUUGGGGUGGCUACGGGGAACACGCGGUUUUAGGGAGAACCGCUUCACAGCCUGGAAUGAGACCUCUUCCAGAGGGCUUGGACCUUGUCCAUGUGUAGGUCAUAAUUAGACAAAGAGACCAAUAAACAUGAAAAGAAACAAAAAAAAUAAAUUGUUUGGAGGUGGUGGGAAAGGACGGAUCCACUGCAGAAGGGUUAAAGGUGUUCAAAGGGCCAGAGGCUGGGCUGGGGGAAGGGUAUGGGGUGUACACCCCCCCCCCAUGGCAUAAUCAGCAUUAAGAACCCGGGCUCAUAUGUGUUCAGUUUUAAGUUCUCAGCUGACUGAUUGAUUUGGGUGAGCACACCAGCUUACGGAUAUGUGUGCUGAAUUGCAAGAUGGCUCUUUUUUUUUUUUCUUUUCUUUUUUGGCAAGGGAUAUCUCUUGUAAUACUAACCUCCUGGUGAUGGAUUUUCAGACAUGUUUAACAAAAACACAGAAACCUUUUUAUAAAUGAAUACUCACCUUAGAAAUAUUCACCUUAAGGAUAAAAAAAAAAGACUUUGCCUUUUCUGUCCCUUGACACUGCAAGUGGCGACGUGUUUAGAUGUCUAAUUUGAUUUCUCGUGGCCUAUCUGGUUUCAGUAUUUCAUUCUAAAUGUCUCCUUAAGAGUAUUCGAUGUCAUGCGCCAAAAAAUAAAACCCCACCUUGUUGCAAAAGUUGA